GAUCGGGCGGCAUCACAUCACAUCUCGCCUCGCGAGAAGGUUAGCUGCGGCACGGCAGCAGUCUCGCCUAGACGAGGCGGGUGAGCAGGCAGGCCCAGAAUAGAAGUCAAGCGGCCCCGCUUCUCUCGCUGCGCUGCGCCCUGCACCGCUGGCGGUCUGCCUCGAGCCGCCCACGUCGAGCGCUUCCCACCGCAGCAGCCAGCUCACAAGAGCCAGCGCGUGGGCUUCGAGCUCUCUUCAGCACCACCACCACCACCACCACCGCCUCCUCGCUCGCCCUCAAGCGUAACUCUCAGUCUCUCCCUCGUCAAGACCUCGUAGCCUGCGCCUCUCUGCCAACAUGCCUGUCGUCAUCGACAUCAACGAGUUCGGCGGCGUCCUCAUCACGGACGCCGGCAUGCAGGUGACGGACAUUCCGGAGGGCACUCGCGUCACCGUCGAGGAGGACGGCAGCGUCAAGCUUGGCGAUGUCGAGCGCUUUCGCACGCCCUCGCCGGCGCCGCCUGGACCGUCCGACGCCACGGAGGAAGAGUUUUACGAAGCAAAGUUGCCUGCAGGCUCCCGUUGCCCCGCGCAGGCGCCGGUGAGCAAGAAGCUCACAUGCGACAAGUGCAUCGAAGAACAGUUCCUCAAAGUUUGUGAAGAGCGUGUGCGCGCAAUGCCAGCGCCCUUCGGCACCAAGAGGAAGCGCGAGGAGGAGCCAAAAGAGAGGUCGGAAGACGAACUUUGGAGCGACUACCAGCGCUGGACCGAGGACAUGCCGACUGUGCGCGCCCUCUUCAAGCACAAGCUGCGCUACGUCGACGUGUCGGACCGUGUGCACCAGUCUAAGAAGGACUUUGAUCGUGAAGUGGCGGACCUGGAGCGCGAGGUCUUCAAGUACUGGAUGCGCUGGAAUGCGCUCUUCAUGCCGGGCGGCAGGGCGAACUUCGAGCGCGCUCUUCAUCACGCAGUGGACAACUCCAUUGCCGGAUGGGUGGUGAACUUCAAUCUGUAGCGCAUACAUCCUUUCCCUCGCCGUUCGCGUCCCACCUACUUCACGACUCGCAUGAAUGAACCC